AUGAAUAUACUUGAGGGUACGACUCCUACCCACCAGCGGCAGGAGCCAGCCCAAAUAAAGCAGUUGUACAAGGAAAUUGCUGCAAUGAAGACUAGCAUAAGACAAAAAGAACAGACUAGAAAGUUAAACGCUUUCAGAAUUGCUAAACUGACACAUCAUCGAGGACGUUCCUUUAAUCACUACACUACUUUUCCCAAUGCAAAACUCACGCUCACUCAUAUUGUGUCCAGUCCUACAGGUUUAACGAAUGGGAAUGAACUGAGCGACUCUUUUUCCGAAUCUCCACAACAGUUUAUGACUGUUUACAGCCCAACGGGCACGUCACUAUACAACAUGAGCGUUUACAAACAGGAAGCAGGGAGAUUGGUUCAAUGUCAAAGCCAACAAGCAAAGAUAGCAAUAAAGGAGUACAAUAUGAAUACUGAGCACACGGUACAUACGGAGAAGGAAAAUGCAGAGGCAAGAGUUGUUAAAAACCGUAUAAUAAAUGAUCAUUGUGAUCGUGUAGAAAUCAGUAACAUCAAGUUUAGUGUAAUGGAGGGCGGCAAGAUACUUUACCCUUUAUUUCCACUACCGCAAUCAAGCAUGGAGGAACUUAAAUGGAACGACGACAUUUACAAAAAACAUCAAGGUGGAUAUUACAAAGUUUGCAGCCGUAAAAUCAAAACCAGAUCGAAGCCAAAUUGUCGAUACUAUACAAGAACAGGGAUUUGUCAACGUGGAGCCAGUUGCAAUUAUUUUCACGACCAACUGAAAAUCAAGAUAUGUCCGCACUUUUUAAAUGACAAAUGUAUAGGGAAUUCAAUGUGUUUAUUGUCACAUCGACCCAAUGAGCACAACACUCCAAUGUGUCGUUAUUUCUUGCAAGGCAAUUGUUCUAAUACAAGAUGCCGAUACAUGCAUAGUACCCCUCCUCAUUUUAAAGACCCGUCAUGUGAGGUUUGGGUUUUCAGACCGUUUGCUAUUGGCGGCUGGUGCCAAAGAGGAAGAGAAUGUCCAUUUAUGCAUAUUUGGAAUUGUCCUGACUUUGAAGAAGAUGGAGAAUGUGUUCAAAGAUCUGAGUGUUUGUUAAACCACCAAUAUACCUUAAGAACUCAGGAGCUAAUUAGUACAAAGUCUUACAAGUAUAUACGAGGGGAAGAUGCCAUGGGGAGAAGUUUUCUGGAAGAAAAUGACAAGGAUAAGGAAAACAAAAUUAGUGAAACAUGUGGAAUUGUAGAAACUAAGGAAACAAAGGAAACAAAGGAAACAAAGGAAACAAAGGAAACAAAGGAAGCAGGGGAAACAAAGGAAACAAGUAGAACAAAUGGAACAAAGGAAACAGGGGAAACAAAGGAAGCAAGUGGAACAAUUGGAACAAAGGAAACAAACGGAACAACUCGUAAGAUCAUUAGUAGCUAUACUGUUGAUCCAAAAGCUUUGCUCUUGACGCCAACCUCAAGUACGUAUGAUUAUUUUAUUGAUGAGAAUGGUGUUGAAGCGGUGGAGCAAAAACAAAAGGAUGCAGAUGUAAGCAAAUCACAAUUUUUAAUCAAUAUAUCACAUUCGGAUCAAGAAUCAAGUUUAGAUUCGGACUCAGAUGGAUUUGAUGAUUUGGAUUGUGAGGCAGCAUUUGUAGGUGUAUAA